UAACAGUCCGGGGACAACAACACUACACACAACUAUCACUAUGAACACACAAAGAACACUACACAAGCACCUACACACAAACACACACACAAACAUAUGCCAAGUAAACCUCCAACACUGCAAGGACGCAAUGUCUGAGCUAGGACAAUAUGUUAGGAGGGCCAAAGUUGAAAUAGCACUGCUGCAAGAACCUUAUGCAUGGAGGAACCGGGUGGCAGGCCUGGGACAUCUGGGGGGAGCUCUGUACUAUGAGGGAAAUGAGACCUUGUCGUGGUGGAGACCUACUUCAUCAAUGACGAAGGGAAGAGAUGCAAGGUGGCGCUGGCGUCCUGCUAUCAGCCGGGCGACGCAGAGACACCUACAAAGGAAUUGGAAGAGACGGUUCUGAGGUAUAGAGG